AUGUUCGGGGGAGGACCUUCUGGAGGCUAUUUGAACGACUUGUGGACCUUAGAUGGAAGCCUCACUUGGAACCUUCAGCAUGAUGGCACUAGAGCAGCACCCAAGCGCGGAAUGGCCACUUUGCUGCUUGGGACUCCAACAACCAGCUUUUGUGGAUGUUCGGUGGAUGGACAGGUGCAUAUCUUGAUGACCUUUGGAGCUUCAACCCAAGCACCCGUACUUGGACUCAACACAGCACCGGACCCGCUGCUCGCAACGUCCAUAGCGUCGUUUGGGCCUCUGCGCACUCUACAUCUUCGGUGGUGUGGACUCAGAGCUUUGGAAAUAUGA